UCGGAGGGGGAGGGGUGUCCCGUCGGCAGGCACACAGACAGCAGGCAGCAGCUGCAGCGAGAGGACCCGGUGCCGCUACUCUGCAUUAAAACAUUUACAUUACGACUUUUUAAGCUCCGAAACACACACAACAGCAACACACACACGACAUCUAAAAUGGUAGACCGCGAGCAACUGGUGCAGAAAGCCAGGCUGGCCGAGCAGGCAGAGAGGUAUGAUGAUAUGGCAGCUGCCAUGAAAUCGGUCACAGAGCUGAAUGAAGCAUUAUCCAAUGAGGAGAGGAACCUGCUCUCCGUGGCCUACAAGAACGUGGUUGGGGCGAGGCGUUCAUCCUGGCGCGUCAUCUCCAGCAUUGAGCAGAAGACGUCGGCCGAUGGCAAUGAGAAGAAGAUCGAGAUGGUGCGGGCCUACCGGGAAAAGAUCGAGAAGGAGCUGGAGGCCGUCUGCCAGGACGUGCUCAACCUCCUCGACAACUUCCUGAUCAAGAAUUGCAACGAAACGCAGCACGAGAGCAAGGUGUUCUACCUGAAGAUGAAGGGCGACUACUACCGCUACCUGGCCGAGGUGGCCACGGGGGAGAAGAGAGCCUCAGUCGUGGAGUCCUCUGAGAAGUCCUACAGCGAGGCCCACGAGAUCAGCAAGGAGCACAUGCAGCCCACCCAUCCCAUCCGCCUGGGCUUGGCUCUCAACUACUCCGUCUUCUACUACGAGAUCCAGAACGCCCCCGAGCAGGCGUGCCACCUGGCCAAGACCGCCUUCGACGACGCCAUCGCCGAGCUGGACACCCUCAACGAGGACUCCUACAAAGACUCCACUCUCAUCAUGCAGCUGCUACGAGACAACUUGACGCUGUGGACGAGCGACCAGCAGGACGACGAGGGAGGAGAGGGCAACAAUUAAAGAGUCCAAAACCUCAUUCUGCCAAAACAACACAACACGCGCGCUCACAAAUGAUGACAAAAAUAAUAAUAAUAGUUAAAAAAAAGUUCUUAGAAAUUUAAAAAAAAGGGAGGGUGGGAGGGGGCAGUGGAACAUCGGCGGCCAAUUUAGCUGAUGGUACUAACGCGGCUGCUGUUCUUUAUUUUUCCACAAAUUAAAAGUGAAAAAAAUGUAGGACGAGGGAAGACGAUUUUAGUUUGAGAAAUAACCUACAAUUAAAAAAAAAUAAUAAAACAAUGAAACCCCCUCCUUGAUAGCCUCUGCAGCAUUUGCCAAAAUACCACUUUAGAAGCAAGAGGUAUGUCAUUCAUCACAGUGUGACUAUUGGGUAACGAUACCUUCACACUGGCAGAGACUGGUCUUAUCGCGCAAAUGAAGCUGAGCUGUCUUAUUGUAUUUGGUGAGGGGAGGAGCAUUCAGAAAUUGAGUUCCGAUGCUUGAGCAACAAGAAAAUUAAAGUAACUUUGAAUGUCAUGGCCUUGCUUAGUGAGAGAGAAAGACAGACAGACAGACAGACAGAGAGAGAGAGAAUGAGUGAGAGAGCAGACGGGUUACAGACGGGAGGUGAAGACGGGCUUUUAGGGGUGUCGAACUUCAUCGCGUAACUUCAAACGUACCCGACAUCUUAAGUUGCACCACACUACGAUCUCUUGAGUGAGAAGCAGGUUGUCUCUGUUAUUGAAGAUGACAUAAAAAAAUGUUUUUGUUUGCUUUGUGUCAGGUAUGUGUCCAGCUCAGUCACACAGUCAUACUGUAACUAAAAAUACAGAUUCAUAAAGUAAAGUUAGUGCAGCUUGUCCCUCUCAUGUGCUGAUGUGCUUUAUUGAAUAAAUUAACUGUUUUUGGACACCUAAUUCUUAUUGUCAGUAUUGUUGUUGUCCAUAACAACUUCUAUUGGGUCCUUACGCUUAUAGGGAACAAUUUGAUUCACAAAAAUCCAGAUAGCAAAAUUAAAAUGAAUGGAAAUUUUAACCGAUGAAAAUGAUGAAACAAUAAGUGAGUCCACCCUUAUUGUCCAAGUUAUGCUAUCUUCAUAACGAGCAGUGGGAUCUGAGAAACGGCACCCGGAGCCACAGACUUGAUUAGUCAACUAAGUACAAUUUGUGGAUAGAGCACAUGCAAUGUCAAGUGGAAGCUCUAAAAGCAGAUUUGAGGUUUGUGGAUUUACUUUGUCUUCAGUUUCUUCUUGGUCAAGAAAUGCACUUGCCUAUUAUACUGUUUCUUCAGUGUAAGAUGAUAACUGCUCCAAUAUUCUCCAUAAUACAAUAUUGUGCAUGCUGGUGAUGUAUUUAUACAGUAGCUUCAAUUUAUUAACUUAUACUGUAGAUGUUAUGUAUUCAUAUGAACAUGGAAUUACUAGACCUUAAUCGGAUUAUUUUCUAUUUAUUUCUUUUUAUUGCGAUUGUUAGCUAGCUUAUUUUAAUCUGUGUUUUCUUUACUCCAUUUGCUGAAGUACGCUAUACCAAAACAGUGAUUGUUAACAAUAAAUUGAUCUGUUACGGACA